AUGGCUCUCGCAUGGAGGAAAUGCCAUCAUGGCACCAAUGUUAUUCAGAGCUUGAUAUCUGGAAAGUGGAUGGUAGUAAAGAAAUAUGAGUCUAUAUAUAUUAUUUCUGAUAUGACGCAGGCCUCCUCUCCGUUAGAAAACACUCGAGCUUUGCAACGGAACUUCUCAUUUGCUGCUGAAAAGCAGAAGACCCCAUCCUCAGGAUGA